AUGACAUUUACCGGUGAACAGGAGCCCGAUUAUUUACGGGAAAUAUUAACAUCUAGGGUGUACGAUGUUGUGAAAGAGACUCCGUGUGAGCUUGCGGUGGGUUCGUCGGAACGGACCGGCACCAAUGUUUAUUUGAAGCGAGAGGACCUUCAGCCAGUCUUCAGCUUUAAAUUGCGAGGUGCCUACAAUAUGAUGGCCCAGCUGCCUGAAGACAAGCGAUGGAAGGGCGUAAUUUCCUGUUCAGCAGGCAAUCAUGCUCAGGGUGUAGCUUAUUCGGCCCGCCAUUUGAAUAUUCCGGCUACAAUCGUUAUGCCGUUAGCGACGCCUAGCAUCAAGGUAGAAAAUGUCAGACGUCUGGGCGCACAAGUUGUUCUUUAUGGUGAUGAUUUCGAUUCAGCCAAGGCAGAAUGUGCCAGACUCGAAAAAUUGCAUGGUUUGCAGUACAUUCCGCCUUUCGAUGACCCUCUAGUAAUUGCUGGCCAAGGAACUAUUGGUGUUGAAAUACUGCGUCAGGUAGAUCUCAGCAAACUCAAGGCUAUUUUCUGUGCGAUUGGAGGUGGAGGCAUGGCUGCUGGUAUUUCAGCCUAUGUAAAACGCAUUGCCCCUCACAUCAAGGUUUACGGCGUUGAGACUUUCGACGCUGAUGCCAUGGACCGGUCGCUCAAAGGCGGCGAACGCGUGACGCUGAAAGAGGCUGGAUUGUUUGCUGACGGCACCGCAGUUAAAAUUGUUGGCGAAGAGACGUUCAGAGUAUGCCAGAAGUACCUUGAUGGUGUUGUGAAAGUCAAUACUGACGAGAUCUGCGCAGCCAUUAAUGACGUUUUCCUAGACACUCGCAGCGUUGUUGAACCCUCUGGUGCUAUGGCUCUAGCAGGAAUCAAAAAGUACCUAGAGGCUGCGGGGCCCGAAGCUCUGGGUGACCAGAAUGCAUACUGUGCAGUGUUGUCGGGUGCAAACAUGAACUUUGACCGCCUGAGGUUUGUGACUGAACGAAGCAGACUUGGUGCAGGAAAAGAGGUGUUUUUCAUCGUCGAAAUGCCCGAAAAGCCGGGAAUGUUCCGUAAAUUGAUCGGUGCUAUUCAUCCUCGAGCUGUCACCGAAUUUGCAUACCGUUACCGAUCCCCGGACUUUGCGCGAGUUUAUAUUUCAUUCAGUGUGGGCGACCGAAGCGAGGUUGCGGAAAUCAUUUCUGAAAUCACAAAUUCUGGCAUGAAAGCUCAUGAUAUGAGCGAUAACGAUCUGGCAAAGAGCCACUGCCGCUAUAUGGUGGGAGGCUCAGCGGACCUGGCAGAGGAACGAUUAUUUAGCUUUGAGUUUCCUGAGCGACCCGGUGCGCUGUUCAAGUUUUUGGAGAAUCUCAAAACCACCUCCAACAUCUCGCUAUUCCACUACCGGGACAACGGCUCAGACAUUGCCAGGGUCCUGGUAGGCAUCAUACCUAGUGCUGACGAGAACAUUGACAAGUUCGCUAAGCGAAUCGGGUACAGCUACGAGGAUGUUACCGAUAACGUCGCAUACCAGCUAUUCUUAAAGUGA